AGAGGUGCAUCGGGAGCGAGGAGGCGCGCAAAUGACGCAGCAGGCGGGCACGAGCACGUCCACUUGAACGCGCAUGACGCAAGACGGAGGCGGAGACGGGCACGAGCACGCACUGAUGAGGAAGAGGAGUUCUGAUUAAACUGAUGUGAACACGAACGGUGAACAGCCUUUCCGCCUGGGUCGUGCAGUUCUUUUGACUUUUUGUUUCCGUGUCUUUAUACGUGUUUACGUUAUUCCCAGUUCUGCUGACCGCGUAUGAAAGCAAGGCAAGGCAAGCAGGGUGGGUACCGGCAGCGACCUCGUCAUGGUCCAGCAGCAGCUCAACUGCCUGCAGGUCCUGCGGGCGUCAGGCUUCGGCCAGCCUUUUCCUUGCCACGGCCUACAGCUGCUCUUCUGGUUCGCCAACGACUGUGUGACCGUUGAACUCCAAAACUUUGUGCAAGUGAUGAAGCUGGUCUCAGACUGCGAACCAGAGACAGGCGUCUACGGUUUCCAUUUUUUUGGAAACAUGGAGGAACUUCUGCCAGUUCUGAAGAAGUCAAAGAAGUCUAAAAACAAGACACAGUUUCUGUACUUUGAAGUCGGGAAUCUGAACACCAGGAACUACCCUGCCUCUGCAGACCUGCCCGCGUACGUGCGGGAGAACCACGGGAACCACAGCAAGUACAGCAACACUGACCGUCUCAUCAUCAGGUACCAGAAAAGAUCGAGAGUGGUGGAGACAUUGUACGUCACAGAGCACGACUAUGCCAACUUCAGCAGGUUCAGAGCCGACAGGACUCAUGAAAUCAGCUCUGAGUUGAUCAGGGCGCUGCAGAACCCGCAGCUGGACAUUGACACCUUUCUCUUUCAAAUGGAUUACUGCAAAGACAUGCAGGUGGUUCGCGAUACAGACAACAUGUAUAACUUGGACUCAUCUGUGCAGUUAAUGUUGUCCACCAGGGAGCCACAUUCCACCUGGAAGCCUCGGUCCAGCUGUGAGCGGUGGUCCAGCUGUAAGCCUCGGUCCAGCUUUAAGCCUCGGUCCAGCUGUGAGCGGUGGUCCAGCUGGGAGCCUCGGUCUUCCUGGGAGUGGCCGCAUUACAGAGGUAAAGAACCAGUCCAAGUAGAAUCCCGGGAGUUUCAGUCUUCAUUUAGCUCUGGCUUGGGAGAUCCCAGUUGUCCGGUGAUUGUGGCUACCAAGCAUGUAGAGGAGAAAGAGGAGGAGGCCGGGCACCGAGCCUUGAGGGACACAGAAGCUGACUGGGGAGGUUUUGAUGACGAAUACAAGAAAAAGAGAGGAGGCGGUGGCUUCGGCCUCUGGAAGAUUCUCCUCGCCGCUGGAGCGCUCUAUGUGGCGGUGAAAUGUUUGAGAUGGUGGCUGAGGGGCAGCUGGGACGAGGAUUUCAACAAAAACCUGUUCUGGAUCCCGCGCAGGACUCCCACUUAUCCACGAGCGCAUGUAAUGCUGGAUUAUGUGUACUAG